AUGGCCUACUGCAAGCGGAUAAAUUUCCAGGGGCCACCUGGACACAAAGGCUAUAACUUAAUUAUGGAAAGUGCUGUGCCGGGUGACGAAGCAUUUCCAUACUUGAAGUUGCAGACAGAUUCAUCAAAGUCAGGCGUUAUGCUUCCGCUUGACAUAUGCAAGUUAUAA